UGUUACUAGGCACUAGUAAAACACGACAGCGUUAGAUUGAGCUAUUAAGUCGCGCUCGGCAGUUUUAUAAUAGAUACCCAAAUAUUAUUUUGCGGACGCGGAAACAUAAUUUUAAAACACUAUUUUAUAGUUUUUAAAUAUUUUCAAGUAUAAUCUGAUUGCCAAUACAUCCUCCAUAUGGCCCCUAUGGCAAGAAACAAGACUUCGGUGCCAACGGACGGCAAUGAUCGCGAAGGUGAUCACUACAACACGGUUGACAAUCCGACAGACGAGUUAGUCAUCGAUCAACCGGGCAAUUUCGUCAGCGGUAUCGUCGAGAUGAGACGAGGCCGUCGGUCACGUAGACGCCGAUCAAGGCGAAGGUCCAGGAGGGCUGGCCGCAGGCGGUCGAGCGUAACCAGUGGCGCGGACGAAGACGAGCAGGACACUGAGGAGGACACAUCGGAUAAUACUAGCCAGGAGCAGGACAGCUACGAUGACGACUCGUCCACGGACGCUGACAACGAAGCUGCUGAUGCGAUGGGCCGUAGGAGAAGGGGUAGGAGGAGUAGAAGACGGAGGGGCAGACGGUCGUCGUCGCGGAGUAGAAGACGGCGGAGCAUGAGUGGCCGUGGCCGGCGGCGCAGAGUCGCGGGCAAUAACACUGUCGUAGACAGACAAGACCUCGCGGGAAUGUCCGACGGCGUUGAAAUCACGGAUGCUGCGAGGGGCCGCCGUCGCCGCAGCGGUAGCCGGAGGAGGAGGUCCUCGAGUAGGCGAAUGGUGCGCAGGCAGAGGAGAGUCCUCGCGGAGGAGUGUGGCGAUUCCACCGCCGACGAAUUAAACAUGUCCGACGCAACACCAUCGAACAACUUGCUGGUAUCGACUACCCGCGACGCUUCGAGGUCCCGGAAACCCCGACGCCGCACAAGUAGCAAAUCACACAAAUGCUGACGCAGUCAUCCGUUUUUUAAAUAUUUUCCAACACGACAAAUACCUACACCUGCAGUGAUAAACAAUAUUUUUUAAAAAUAAAUAAACUACAAACAUAUUUGUACUCUAAUUCUUAGAUCACAACGAUUAUAUAUGCGUAUGUCAUUUCAUAGGCGUGAGCAGACUUUAAUUUCCGAUCGACUCUGGAAAAUAAGUACCCCAAUACUUGGAAAAUGCCCCUAAUUUUUUUUAAAUACAUACCUAAUUGUCCUAAUUAGGUAAUAUGCAUACUAUAAAAAUAAUUAACUAUUCUUAAUUAAACCAAACUUUUAACUAAAAUAAAUAGUUAAUAGAAAUAGUUUUAAUUAAGAGAGAGAAACAACUUUUAUUUUCAAUAAAGCGAGCUGCUCACAAUGUGAGUUGCCAGUAGACACAGCAUACAGUAGUAUUAUAGUACUAGUGACUAUAAUAUUUUAAUUAAAAUUUUGUAUUUAUAUCUCUACUAAGAUCGUUUAUUUAUCUUUACUGCACAAUAGUUAUGAAUAGUAUGUUGCAACUACAAUUAUAUAGAAAUUAUUUUUUUCCAUUAAGACAUUUUUGAGCGGAGCAAGUGGUGUUUUUUUCUGUGUGAGACCUUCUUAAAAUUUUGGGGUAGGAUAAAAAUUGCCUAUUUAUCUCUGCAGUAUGAUAUUUCUAUGUACAAAUUAGCAUAAUUUAAUAGUUUAAUGGUAGGUAUUUGUUAAUACAAUUAGUAUUUUCAUAAUUUAUAUUGGU